AAUGAGCGCGCGGGGCUAGUAGAGCAGCGGCUGGGCCGCCCAAUGAACGGGCGGGUUCCCGCGGUUAGGGGCGUAGCAGAAGCGGUCGUCAGGGGCGUGGCGGCAGUUGCCUGGGCGGGGCCGGUAGCGGCGGGAGCUGCACUGGCCAGGGGUUCCGGCUGCAUUUCCAUGAGCGCCGCCGGCAGCUGCGGAGCUGCGGGAACCGGCCUGGGCGCGAGCUGGACCGCUGUAGUCAACCACGCGCAGCUUUUAGGUUAAUUGAAUAAGAGAUCUGACCUGACGGGCCCAGCUGUACAACUCUUCAAGGACGCUUAACAUUCGCAGUAGAGAGGAACAGGGAUAUAGAUCAAGAUGAACGCCAUGCUGGAGACCUCCGAGCUCCCGGCCGUGUUUGACGGGGUGAAGCUGGCUGCGGUGGCCGCCGUGCUGUACGUGAUCGUUCGGUGUUUGAAUCUGAAGAGCCCCACAGCCCCGCCUGACCUCUACUUCCAGGACUCGGGGCUCUCACGCUUUCUGCUCAAGUCCUGUCCUCUUCUGACCAAAGAAUACAUUCCACCGUUGAUCUGGGGGAAGAGUGGACACAUCCAAACAGCUUUGUAUGGGAAGAUGGGAAGGGUAAGGUCACCACACCCCUACGGGCACCGGAAGUUCAUCACCAUGUCUGACGGAGCCACUUCGACCUUCGACCUCUUCGAGCCCUUGGCUGAGCAUUGUGUUGGAGAUGACAUUACCAUGGUCAUCUGCCCUGGAAUUGCCAAUCACAGCGAGAAGCAGUACAUCCGAACAUUUGUCGACUACGCCCAGAAAAAUGGCUAUCGGUGCGCCGUGCUGAACCACCUGGGUGCCCUACCCAACAUUGAAUUGACCUCGCCACGCAUGUUCACCUACGGCUGCACCUGGGAAUUUGGAGCCAUGGUCAACUACAUCAAGAAGACAUACCCCCUGACCCAGCUGGUCGUCGUGGGCUUUAGCCUUGGUGGUAACAUCGUGUGCAAAUACCUGGGGGAGACUCAGGCAAACCAAGAAAAGGUCCUGUGCUGCGUCAGCGUGUGUCAGGGGUACAGCGCACUGAGGGCCCAGGAAACCUUCAUGCAGUGGGAUCAGUGCCGGCGCUUCUACAACUUCCUCAUGGCUGACAACAUGAAGAAGAUCAUCCUCUCGCACAGGCAAGCUCUUUUUGGAGACCAUGUGAAGAAACCCCAGAUCCUGGAGGACACGGACCUGAGCCGCCUCUACACGGCCACAUCCCUGAUGCAGAUCGACGACAAUGUGAUGAGGAAGUUCCAUGGCUAUAACUCCCUGAAGGAAUAUUAUGAGGAAGAAAGCUGCAUGAGGUACCUGCACAGGAUUUAUGUGCCUCUCAUGCUGGUUAAUGCAGCUGAUGACCCCUUGGUGCAUGAAAGCCUUCUAACCAUUCCAAAAUCUCUUUCAGAGAAACGGGAGAACGUCAUGUUUGUGCUGCCUCUGCACGGGGGCCACCUGGGCUUCUUUGAGGGUUCCGUGCUGUUCCCCGAGCCCCUGACGUGGAUGGAUAAGCUGGUGGUGGAGUAUGCCAACGCCAUCUGCCAGUGGGAACGUAACAAGUCUCAGUGCUCUGACACGGAGCAGGUGGAGGCCGACCUGGAGUGAGGCCUCCCGAACUCUGGCAUGUUCCAGCUGACCUCCUCUGGAACCCGCGUCCUUCACCGGCUGUUUCAGGUCUCCCAUCUCCCUCAGUGACCUGGAUCUGACCUCACACCAUCAACGGGGGCCACCCACCAGGCACACCUGUCCUGGAGUAGGUGGCAGUCCCUGGGAGCUCCAGGCUAUUUUUGUGCUUAGUUACUGGUUUUCUUCAUUGCAUUGUUAGCCAUGGUGACAAGUGACAGGGUUCCCACCCUCCUGUCCAGCUGCAGCACCUAAUUGCUUUGAAGCCAAUUACUUCUAGUUUCCCUAUUAAAAAUGUGUCUGAACAGCAGUUUUGCUUUGCCAUUCAAAAGGUCUUUCCCCAAGAACAGUGAAGGAUGUACGUUAUUUCAUGGUGGCUGUCUGUGUCCUUAUUUAGACCCUGAAAAGAGCUCACCAGUGUAGGCCACUGCUGAGGAUGCAGUUCAGCUGGGAGCCUGAGGACCUGGGCCUCCCAGGCCAGAGUGUGGCCUCUUACAUGGCAAAGAAAAUUCCCUGGAGUCACAAACCAAGUUUCUCCCUCACUGUCUUCUAAGACGGUUUUCCCACUUUGCUGAUGAUGAGAGUUACCUAGGGCGCUUGUUCAAAAUUCAGCCUCCACGGUGCCUCCCCUUGGAAAAGCUGAUUCAGUGGGUCUGGGAAGGGGUCUGGGGAUUUUAAUUUUUGUCAAGUGCCCCAGGUGAUUCUCAUCACCAGGCAAAUUUGGGAAAUGCUUCUGCAGGGCCUUUAAAUUAGAAACAUCUCAGUGGCUCCUUUUAUUGAAAUUCAUAGUUAGAGGUAUCUCUGAGCUCCCAGGGGCCCCCAGAGCAACAAGGGCUGUCGUGAGCAGCCGCCUUGUGUGACCCCAGUGUGAUGUCUCGGAAGGGGCCUGGGCUGGGAGUGAAGAGUGUGGACUCCGCCUGACUCCGCUUCUCACUGGCUGUAUGACCCUGGAAAACUCCCUUGAACUUGAGUUUCUUCGCCUGUAAAAUGGGGGACUUGGACCAGGUAGAUUGCCGAAAUACUACCAGUUCUCAAGUUCAAUGACAAACUCGGUUUACUGAGGUUUGAGAGAACAUCUCUCCAGCGGAGCCUGGGAGCUAGUCUCCUAGUCUGAGCAUGUAGAUGUCAUCAUUUGCCUUUUUUUCUGUCCCUCAUUUGCGAUAAAGAGGUGUUUUGUUUUGUUUACGCAUUCAAUUGUAAUUUUAUUUUUUUAACCCAGGUCUCUCUAACUUUGGCUUUUGAUACCAAACAAUUCAAAAGUUGGAUCUGAGUUUGGAGAAAGAUCUUUCCAACCAAAGAGGGUGUUAUUUUGAAACCAGAUUUUUAAUUUAAUAGCCUAUAUUUGUAGUCUCUUGGACAGAUCUUUCUAAAGUGUGUCUUCUCCAAUGAAAAUGUCUCUCUAGGUUUCAAGUACUCCUCUUCUCCAAUCUUGUGGUACUCGAAUAUCUAAAAACCCUGCACUUUGAAAAAUCAGCAGUUGCUAUCCAGAACUAAACAGAACUAUGAGUGAAAUUGCCUAGAUACUUUUU